GUAUACGCAAAAAUUUCAAGAAUAGGGCUCUGUUCUUUUCAGUGCAAUAAUACACUUAAAAAAGAAAACAGAGUUUGGGUGACGUUCUUAGUACAUGAUGGUUUAUGGUUGACCUAACCUAAAUAACCUAAUUCGAGCAGAUCAAAAUACGUACGAACAAUCGCUUUUGUCCAAAACCGCGUUAUAGCACAAUAAUAAAAUUUUAUAAAGUGAUUCACGAUGGUUGAAAAUUUGGAAAAUAUCAAUCCAAAGCUCUAUAAAAAGUUGGAUAAAAGAGAAAUUACAACUGAGGAGGAAGAUGAAAAUGUCGUGGAUGAAUUCGACGCUAGAGAAGUUUUUGAUUUAAUUAGGAAUAUCAAUGACCCAGAACAUCCACUAACUUUGGAAGAAUUAAAUAUAGUGGAACAGAGUCUCAUCCAGGUUGACAAUAAGAAGAAUACAGUGGAUGUGAAAUUCACACCAACCAUUCCUCAUUGCAGUAUGGCUACUUUGAUAGGACUGUCGAUUCGUGUACAAUUAUUACGUACUUUACCUUCCAGGUUUAAAGUGUCUGUGGAGAUCACUCCUGGCAGUCAUGUCUCAGAAGCAUCGUUGAACAAACAGCUCGCUGACAAAGAACGAGUAGCUGCAGCUAUAGAAAAUUCCAUGUUGCUUGAAUUGCUUAACCAGUGUCUGAUGCCAAAAGACUAGUGUACUGUAAAACAUAUUGUGCAAUUACUAUUUGUGAAGUGAUGACAUGUGUGUACAUAACAUACAUGCUUUGUGUAUAUACAAUGUGAAAUAAAUCUUAUUUUUUAAAGCAUAAA